UCUCUCGAUCUGUCCAACGCGUAGGUGACCUUACACUUGAUCUAGUGCCUUCCGUUUUGCCCUGGACGACCAUCCCUUCAAUAGAGUUGGUAUCUCGUCCAAGGAUUUGGCCAAAGUACUGUAGUAUGCGCUUAUUAUAUUACCACUUGCUUAAUGCCUGACUUUUGAAGUAUUGGAGCAUUAGUGCGCAACUAUCUGAAGUGUCUUGAUAACUUAGUAACAAAAAGUAUUUGAAUAGUAUUUUCAUUAAUUGAUUAUGUGAUUCGUAGUAAUCAUUAGGUGAGUAUGCAAUAAUAAACAUAUAUUUAUAAUCUGUUCAGCAAAACAUUUUCGGAAAAAACUAUACAAACACAAUCCCACGCUGAUGAAGAGUCAAUAGUACUUGUUUGUCUCUCUAACAUCCUUAUAUUUGAGAAACUACAUUCAAUAAAACAGUUUGCUUUAGAACAGCACUCAGACACGAACCGACUAUGUACGGAUUUUUGCUUAUGAUUGCAAUUAUUAUCAUACUGAUAUUAAUUGUAGCAGUAGUUCAGAAAAGCACCAACGCGAUAUGUAUUUCAAGAAAACGUUUAGAAGGAAAAACAGUUAUAGUAACAGGUGGCACAGCAGGAAUGGGCCUGCACAUAGCCACAGACCUAGCUGACAGAGGGGCUAAAGUGAUAGUAGCGUGCCCAUUCGAAAAAGAAGGUAUUAACGCAAGGAAACAAAUAGUGCAAGAAACAGAAAAUGAAAACGUAAUAUUUAAACUAUUAGACCUUGGAUCUUUAAAAUCUAUUAGGAAGUUUGCUGCAGAUAUUGUACAAAACGAAGACAGAUUAGAUAUAUUAAUUAACAAUGCGGGUAUCGGAGUACCGGGGGACUUCCUAACGCCUGAUGGAAUGAACUUUAUCAUGCAAGUUAAUUACUACGGAGCAUUCUUGCUGACGCUGUUGCUACUACCGCUGCUAAAGAAGUCUGGGAAGAAAGGAGAGCCGAGUAGGAUUCUGUUAACAACAUCUGUUCUACACAACAUCGGUCAAGUGGACAUUGACAACCUGAACCUCACAAAUUAUUGGUUCCGACUUCAGAUCUACGGAAACAGCAAAUUGUGUCUUGUGUUAUUCGGGAAUCAAUUAGCUAAAGAACUAAAAGGUUCACACGUUGUGGUGAAUAAUGUGGAUCCAGGUGCAGUGGGAACAAGGAUCUUCGACUCUGGGAACAAAGUCAUAGGAUUCUUCCUAAAGUUGGUCAUCAACUGUAUGUUUAAGACUCCGUGGUUGGGUGCCCAAACCGCGUUACAUGUAGCGUUAGAUAAGAAGGCUGGUGAAGUGAGUGGGGGAUACUUCCAGAAUUGCAGGGUCAGCAGAGCAGUGAAACGUGCGUACUGUGAAGAUACGGCGGAAAGACUGUGGAAAGAAUCCGUGACACUUGUGCAACUGACGAAGAAUGAGUUAGAGGAGUGUUUGAGAGUAUUGUAAAUUCUCAGUAAAAGAUAAAUGGGUGAAAUUAAAAUUUCCUUGCUUAGUCAGAUGGUGUAGUGGGAUUAUGGGUAGUUUUGCCCUAACGAACCAACCCAGCUAAGUUUCUGGUCACCGACUGUUAAUUCAUUUGUCGAGAUAAAAGCGGUAUAUUAAAAACAAAUAGCUUAC